UAGUAUAUAUAUAGAAGUUUUACAAAUUAAUAAACACCAAGUUCAGUUCAAUAAACGCGGAGGCCCGAAGCUGUUGAAAUUCCAGCCGACAAACUGGAAAUUUCCAAGAACUUACACAAAAUACAAAACCAAAAUUAAAAAUACAUAAUAUUAAAACAAAAUACUGGAUUCAACGGCGGCCCUAGCAAGGCCGUCAACCGGAAGUGUUGGCUAUGUUACGGUUCUAGGCACUAGAUCAAAUACGUUUACUCAAGUUAAACAUAAAACAAGUUACCCAACGGGGCUCACACAAAAGAAACGUAAAUCGUAGCUAAACUAAAAUGACGACCUACAUGAAGAUAUUCGAGGAGCGCAUCUCCGGUCUGGCCAAGGGUGUGGAUGAAACGGUGGAUAGCUGGUUUCUGAUGAGCUCACCGGCUCCCGUUGUCGCUGUUGUUCUGGUUUAUUUGGCAUUUGUGCUUAAGAUUGGGCCGGAGUACAUGAAGAAUCGCAAGCCCAUGGAUCUGAAGCGUGUUAUGGUCUUGUACAAUGCCUUUCAGGUCUGCUACUCCAUUUGGAUGUGUCGCACGUCCAUCAAGGAGAGCAAUGUCAUGGCAUCGAUAUUAUCAAAGAAAUGCGAAAUAAAUCGCACACGAGAACAGAAUUUGGCACUUUAUUCGGGCGCCUGGUUCUAUUUCUUCUCGAAGAUCAUUGAUCUGCUGGACACCACGUUCUUUGUGCUGCGCAAGAAGAACAAUCAGGUCUCGUUCCUGCAUGUCUAUCAUCAUACGAUCACAGUGCUCUUCUCCUGGGGCUAUCUGAAGUAUGCGCCCGGCGAGCAGGGCGUCAUCAUUGGCAUUCUCAACUCUGGCGUGCACAUCAUUAUGUACUUCUAUUAUAUGGUCGCUGCGAUGGGACCUCAAUAUCAGAAAUAUCUGUGGUGGAAGAAGUAUAUGACCAGCAUUCAGCUGAUACAGUUCGUCCUCAUCCUUGGCUACAUGUUGACCGUCGGCGCCAAGGGCUGCAAUAUGCCAAAGACACUGACCUUCUUCUUUGUGGGCAACACGAUCAUCUUCCUCUAUCUUUUUGGCAAUUUCUAUCGCAAGACCUACAACAAGAACAAGAGCCUCGAUGCCAAUGGUCAUGCCAUGCGCAAUGGUGGCAGGAGCUUGAAUCUGGCCCAGUCGGCCCUGCGCGCUGCCGGCGGCAUGGGCUGCAUGCCGAUGCCUUCCAAGAACAACAACACCAACAACAACAGCAGCAGCGACUUCAAGCCCUAUAUCGAUCUGAACAACAACAAUGUGAAGCCCCUGAAGGUGGAAUGAUCCAUUUAGGCUAUGCACGGGGCUUGGUGGGGUUUCUUUGUUUAUAGUUUAACUUUACCUUUUUUUAGAGCAGGGCUUAAGUCUAGUGUUAAAUGUUUAAUCCAUAACCCUAACUGUAUAUGAAAUGAUUCUGAAUAAUGAACUUCUUAAAUGUAGAAUGUAUAAAGUUUAUGCCAAACAGCAGAAGAUUACAUCCAAAUACCUAGGCGUGUAAGUGUUUGUGUGCGAGUGUGCGUGUGCCUGAGUGUGUGUGAGUGCGUGCGUGUCUGUGUAUUGCCCUAAGUAUUGAAAUGCAAGAAACUUAUUGUUAAUUUUUUAUUCGAAAUUUGAUUGUUUCCAAUUAUAUGAUUUCUGAACAAAAUAAUAAAUCCAAAUUUA